AUGAGCAAUGAGCAGGUGAGACAAUUUUUAAAUUUUUUCAAUGAAAAUCAUUAAAUAUUUUUUCAGCCUUCAAAUGAAUCUAAAAUGAAAUUGCCAGACAAUUUAUUCGAAACAGUUUUGAAGAAAUGCGAGAAGAAAAAUAUGGAAAAUAUGGGAUAUUGUGCGGUGAAUUUGAAUGAUUGGCUUCCCGCCAAAUAUAUCAAAAAGAUUACUUUGUGCAAUUCGAUCGAAGAAAACCUCGUUCAAUUGUUGAUUGUUUUUAUAAAAACACCGGAUCCCUUAAAUGCAGUUAAGAUAGAAGGAUCUUUUGAAAAUGUGGAGAAUGGAACUCAAAUUAAGUGGUGAGUUCACGAUCAUUUAUUGUCCGAGAUUCACCCCGCGAAAAAAUACAUUUGAAUUCAAAAUUUCCCCCUACCCCCGCGAUGCGUGUGCGUUGCGGUCGCUUUCCCAUACAAAACCCCCGUUGGCUGUUUGCCAGUGCACUGUCUCGCUGUCUGCGUCUCCUGCAGCAAAUUCAAAUUUAUUUUUUCGCGGGGUGAAUCUCAUUUCCAAACGGACAAUACUCCAAUUCUAUUGGAUCCAAUAGAAAAUUGCCCGUCGGGUCAGACGAGAGACGACUAGAGUCUGAUGACGUCAUCUAACACAGAGAAAGACAUCGCUUCGAGAUAUUUUUGAGAAAAUAUGUGUCCCUUUGAAAAAAAUACCGUAUUUUGUUUCAAGGAACACAACAUGUUUUAUUGAAAAUAUCUCGAAGCGAAAUUAAUUUUUGCAAAAUACUCUCGCGUCUGACUCUACGGGCGCCUUCUAUGGUCGUGCAGUUUACCGUGGUUUUUUAGACGAAAACUUUGUUUUUGCAGGAUAAUAAAACAUUCAAAUACAACAUCUGACAAGCAAACAUAUUUGAGCAAUAAAAAUUACAUUGAAUUGUCACUCGUCGAAUUUUGGAAAUAUCUCAAUCUUUCGCGCGAUACAAUUCAAGAACUCUCACAAGGAAUGAUCGCACAAGUGACCCCCUGAAAUUUUGAUCUACUAUGUGGAAGUUGAUGUAUAUGGCGAGAUAUGAAAAACCCCAAACGGAUUUUGUAGGAGAAAAAUCAUUGGGGAAGUUCCAGAGGGUCUAAAAUUUUGGUUACAAUAAAUUUCGAAAAUGACAUAUAUUUUCAAAAAUUCGUAUCCCAGCUCAAACUUCAUGAAAAUUAACAAACUUUGCGUCAUUCUGCAGCUAAUGUGAAGUACUUUUAACGGUACUUACGACCAUAUUUAUCAGAUUUUUUUCAAGAUUUGGAAACAUGAGGGAAAAAAAUGAAAAUUUUUUUUUUUACAUUUUCAUAUAAAAUCGUAGUUUUAGAAGCCUGGGCGGGUUGUGGGACCCGUUCCAUCGGAUUCAGCGUCAAAAAAUACGUCCGAAAACAUACUUGAAUAUUGUUAGAGUCAGCCAUUUUUGAUAUGUUAAUAUCCGAUUUUUAUUGUCGACCCAUAAAUUUUGACAGAAAAAUGUCAUUUUUUUGUUUUUUUGAAACAGUAAAAUUUUCCUAUGUAAUUUUUCAUGGUAAAAAUGAUUAAAUAUCGUUUUCAAAACAGUUUUUGUGACUAUCAGACGUUGUUUCAUAAUUAUCAGAUUUCAAAAAAUUUUCGAAGCAUUCAAAACUGAAAAAAAAAACUUUUUUUGCAUUGUAAGAGUCCGAAUCCAAAAAGGUUGUUUGCGAAAAAUUGCGUACUCUUUUCCACGCAAAAAUGGGCCAUAAGGUGCUCCAUGAAAGUAACAGUCUCAAGAGUUGGCUGCUUGAAACAAAAAUUCACAAGGCUCGGCUGCUUGAAACAAACAGUCUCAAGGGUUGGCUGCUUGAAACAAACAGUCUCAAGGGUUGGCUGCUUGAAACAAAAAUUCACAAGGCUCGGAACCCUUGAGACUGUUUGUUUCAAGGAGCCGAGCCUUGUGAAUUUUUUUUCCAAGCAGCCAACCCUUGAGACUGUUUGUUUCAAGCAGCCGAGCCUUGUGUAUUUUCUUUCCACGCAGCCAACCCUUGAGACUGUUUGUUUCAAGGAGCCGAGCCUUGUGAAUUUUUUUUCCAAGCAGCCAACUCUUGAGACUGUUACUUUCAUGGAGCACCUUAUGGCCCAUUUUUGCGUGGAAAAGAGUACGCAAUUUUUCGCAAACAACCUUUUUGGAUUCGGACUCUUACACUGCAAAAAAAGUUUUUUUUUCAGUUUUGAAUGCUUCGAAAAUUUUUUGAAAUCUGAUAAUUAUGAAACAACGUCUGAUAGUCACAAAAACUGUUUUGAAAACGAUAUUUAAUCAUUUUUACCAUGAAAAAUUACAUAGGAAAAUUUUACUGUUUCAAAAAAACAAAAAAAUGACAUUUUUCUGUCAAAAUUUAUGGGUCGACAAUAAAAAUCGGAUAUUAACAUAUCAAAAAUGGCUGACUCUAACAAUAUUCAAGUAUGUUUUCGGACGUAUUUUUUGACGCUGAAUCCGAUGGAACGGGUCCCACAACCCGCCCAGGCUUCUAAAACUACGAUUUUAUAUGAAAAUGUAAAAAAAAAUUUUUUCAUUUUUUUCCCUCAUGUUUCCAAAUCUUGAAAAAAAUCUGAUAAAUAUGGUCGUAAGUACCGUUAAAAGUACUUCACAUUAGCUGCAGAAUGACGCAAAGUUUGUUAAUUUUCAUGAAGUUUGAGCUGGGAUACGAAUUUUUGAAAAUAUAUGUCAUUUUCGAAAUUUAUUGUAACCAAAAUUUUAGACCCUGGAACUUCCCCAAUGAUUUUUCUCCUACAAAAUCCGUUUGGGGUUUUUCAUAUCUCGCCAUAUACAUCAACUUCCACAUAGUAGAUCAAAAUUUCAGGGGGUCACUUGUGCGAUCAUUCCUUGUCAGUCACAUGGGAUGAUUUUGAUUAUCAAACAAUUCAUCCGAAAAUGUUCAAAAAUCUUCGAGAAUUCCUAUUAAGAUCAAAAUUUAUUGAAAAAAACAAAAAAUUGGCUACGAUUUCGAAGAUGUUUUGAACUGGAAAUUGGAUUUUUUUAUCGAAACAAAUCAAUUGAGGAUUUUCAAAAAAUUAUCACAAAUUGGAAGGAAAAAUGUGAGGAAAACGAGUUGUAUAUUGGUGAAAGAACAUUUUUGCUAAGUGAACAAUGUUUUCAAAAGUUGGACAAAGCAGAGAUUCUCAAUGCACCCGUUCAAGCUAAUGGGUAAGAAAAUAAUUUACUUAGAUAUCAAAUUUACAAAUUUUUUUAAUAGAGAUCAAUAUAGUAUUCUUCGUCAUCCCAUAUUUUGUGAUUAUCGAUUGUGGUUUAUUAUUUUACCAUUUCCACUUCGAAAUCUCCGAGCGAUUAUGAUCGAAACUAAAAAAAUCUUGAAUUGA